AUGUCCACAGCAGCGAACACGCCAGCUCAUGGAGUUGCCAUCGCUCCACAGCUCAGCAAGAGAGCACUUGCAGAGCUCAAGAAAGGCGGAAAGGUCGAAAUCUGGGUCCAAUGCACGCCCUUCAAGGUCGAAGUCAACGGCGCAACGAAGGUCGAGAGCGAGUACGUGCUCUUCCACCUUCACAGGACAUUAGUGAAGCAUUUUUCUCCAAAGUGGAAGCGAGAGCUGGCGGAAGAUGCGCAGGCUAACCGCAUUCACGUGCCAUUCCCGAAAGAGCCCGUGAAGCUGAUCGUGGGCUGGAUUGUGGGCGGGGGAGGCAAUGACUUGAACACGCCGGACGCUUUCUACCCGAAACACGACCUUCGAAAGCUGGAGAUUCUGAAGAGUGUGGCAUCGUAUCUGGAGAUUAAGUCGCUGGUUGAGCUCUUUAUGAAGGACAUCCUCGCCUGGAUACCGGCUCUUCCGCCGGUGUCAAUCGGCAGCUUGGUACCAAAACCUGUUAUAAACAAACCAAUCGCUCUGGAGAAGCUCUGCUGGUACUGCGAUAAGCCAGGACAUAUCGAAAGAGACUGCCCCGAGCGCAGCGCCGUCCAUGUGACCAAGUCACAAGGAGAAACAUACGCAAUGAAUUGA